UCUGAGUUCCCGUAGCGCCGUGCUUUGAGGCUUGAGGGUAGUGCUUCCGGGCCGCAGCCUAGGACGCCUCCUCGGCGGUGCCUGGAUAGCAUGGCCGUAUUCCGCUCAGGCCUCCUGGUGCUGACAACGCCGCUGGCCACCCUGGCCGCACGCCUGCCUCCCAUCCUGACCUCGGCGUCACGCCUGGUGAAUCACACCCUCUAUGUGCACCUGCAGCCGGGCAUGAACCUGGGGGGACCCGCUCAGCCCCAGGCCAGCCCUGUGCAGGCCACAUUUGAGGUUCUGGAUUUCAUCACGCACCUCUACACUGGUGCCGACCUGCACAGGCACCUGGACGUCAGAAUUCUACUGACCAAUAUCCAAACCAAGAGUACCUUAAUCCCUGUGCUUUCCUCAGUCCAGAAUCUGGCCCACCCUCCAGAAGUAGUUCUGACGGACUUCCAGACCCUGGAUGGGAGCCAGUACAACCCUGUUAAACAACAGCUAGAGCGUUAUGCCACCAGCUGCUACAGCUGUUCUCCACAGUUGUCUUCCGUAUUGCUGUAUCCGGAUUAUGGGACUGGAGAGAUGCCUAUGGAACUCCCGAAUGCCCUCUUACCCUCCACCAUAAGGCCAGCUUCCCCGGUGGCCAGAUCUCCGAGGCAGCCUGUGCGUGGCUACCGCCGUGGGGCCGUGGGUGGCACUUUUGACCGCUUGCACAAUGCCCACAAAGUGUUGCUCAGUGUUGCAUGUGUACUGGCCCAGGAGCAGCUUGUGGUGGGAGUAGCGGACAAAGAUCUGUUGAAGAGCAAGUUGCUCCCUGAGCUGCUCCAGCCUUAUUCAGAGCGUGUGGGGCAUCUGAAUGAGUUCCUGGUGGACAUCAAGCCCUCCCUGACUUUUGAACUCACCCCCCUGCUGGAUCCCUAUGGGCCUGCUGGGUCUGACCCCACUUUGGAGUUCCUGGUGGUCAGCGAGGAGACCUACCGUGGGGGGAUGGCCGUCAACCGCUUCCGCCUUGAGAAUGGCAAAGAGGAGCUCGCCUUAUACCAGAUACAGCUGCUGAAGGACCAGAGUCACAAGGAAAACGAGGAGGAAAAGGUCAGCUCCUCCAGCUUUCGCCAGCGAAUUCUGGGAGACCUGCUUCAGCCUCCGAAUGAGAGGCCCGAGGUCCCGUCAGGUAUCUAUGUGCUGGGGCUGACAGGCAUCAGCGGCUCUGGGAAAAGCUCAGUGGCUCAGCGGCUGAAGAACUUGGGGGCAUACAUCAUUGACAGUGACCAUCUGGGCCACCGGGCCUAUGCUCCCGGGGGCCCUGCCUACCAACUUGUGGUGGAGGCCUUUGGAACAGAUAUUCUCCAUCAAGAUGGCACCAUCAAUAGGAAGGUCCUGGGCAGCCGGGUGUUUGGGAAUAAGAAGCAGCUGAAGAUGCUCACAGAUAUUGUGUGGCCAGUUAUCGCAAAGCUGGCCCGAGAGGAGAUGGAUGUGGCUGUGGCUAAGGGAAAGACUCUGUGUGUGAUUGAUGCUGCUAUGCUGCUUGAAGCUGGCUGGCAGAAUAUGGUACACGAGGUGUGGACCGUCGUCAUCCCUGAGACUGAGGCUGUACGUCGCAUUGUUGAGAGGGAUGGACUGAGUGAGGCAGCCGCUCAAAGCCGGCUGCAGAACCAGAUGAGUGGGCAGCAGCUGGUAGAGCAGAGCCACGUGGUUCUGUGCACCUUGUGGGAAUCACAUGUCACACAGCGCCAGGUGGAAAAGGCUUGGGAUCUUCUACAGAAACGCCUCCCCAAGGCUCACCAGACCAGGAACUGACAGUGGAUUUUCUGUGGCGCCACACUGGCCCUUGGAACUAACAAAUCUAAUGGUGAGGAGGAAUGGGGGCCUCGAUGUUUACCCUAUGUCAGGCCUCAGGGGCUUCAAGCUAAGCUGUGCAGGACACAGAGAGAAGCUUGGAAGUCGGCCUAGCAUGCUGGAAUUUGGCCAGCAAUGAGGACACAGCAAUGGGGAGCGGCCCCCUCUUGGAUUCUGUCUGCUUUUUGGUGGUGGAGAUUUGAUGUCUAACUAGUGUUAUGGGUUCUAGUGAAGACUGGACCCAGUAACUGAAUUAAAGAUGUUUCCAAGUGC